CGGCCGUAGUUUUCUUGCAACAAAUUUUGUAUGUACCUACUACAAAUAGUUAUUAAAGGCUUAUUGCACGUUAAAUAUCUAAUGUAUGAUAACAAAGACUAAGAAACGAAUUAAAGUCUGAAGCAAAAAUCCUUAAGAGAAUAUUUUGCACAAUGAGUUCAGAAUUCAUGUUAGAAGGCACAUUACUGCGAGUGUUACAGCUAUCUCGAAUACUGGGCGCCGCUCCUCUGGAUUUCAAAGGGGAUGGAAGAAUUGUUACCGCGAGAGUUUCUUACCCAUGGUAUAUCUACAGCUGCGUUAUUGUUUGUGUUUGCCAUGUGCUGUCUGUUCUACUAAAUUAUCUGUUCCAAGCAAAGAACUCAGAGAAAAACGAAAACGAAUCUCAGUUGUUCGUGUUGUUGAUGGUAGUUCAAUAUGUUCUCCUGGCGCUGAGAGUGUAUUUGAGUUCCUUCACGAGCUAUAGAAGAAUGAAGAGUCUGACUGUACAAAUGAAUACACUGCAAACGGUGUUUAAAGAAUUCAACAAAAAGUCUGUUGCAGCUAAUCGACAAAAUAAAGUGAUAAUUUUAGUUUUGUUAUUUAUUCUCAUUUUCUUUAUUGUGAGGAUAGUCUGCACCGUAGAGCAAAUGAUCGUCGUUUAUUCGACGGGUUACAUUAUUGCUAACGACAUACUCACGUACAGUAUGCUGACGAUGUUGGUUCUGCAGGAGGUUAAGGUGGUACUCAUUAAUGUGAAGGUCGCUGAAGCGCUCCAUGUACUGAAGAUGCAUUUGAAACUGUUGCUACGUGAUAACCGUCCAAUCCCUCAAGCCGAUAUUCGUCGAGUCGGUAGUUCGUAUAUAAAGCUGUAUGAAGUUGUGUCGGAGAGCAACAGAUACGAGGGCGGCGUUAUACUGCUGAUGUUCGCGUCGAUUGUCGUGUCGCUAGUGAGCGCGGCGUUCGUGUUCGCUGAUGACCUGAAUGAUCUAGAGAAAUCUCAUCUGUCCUUCGACACGGUGGCGAUCGCAGUGCCGGCGAUUGCGGGCGUACAUCGAAUUAUAAUAUUCGUACGCUCGUGUCAUCAGGUUCAUAAGGAGGUGACGGGGCUAACCAUGUCGGUGAGCGAGCUAUUGUACCGGACUAGUUUGGGGUGCGCCGCACCCGUCGAGCUGCAAGCCCUCAUACACCAGCUGGAGUUGACGCGGCCCGUGUUCUCCGUGCUGGGGGUGUUUACUGUCACACAGUCGACACUCACCACGAUUUUGAGUGCUUGGGUGUCGUACACACUGAUAUUGAUACAAGUUAGACCAGCGUCAUCUCAUUAAGAUGAACGCACAUAUUUUAUUAGGACGAAGGCGCCGCAUUUUAGACUUCGUAUGAAAUUAUAUUGUGAAACCUCGCACAUUCAUCCGCAACGUACGCGCCGCGUUUCGUGUACUAUAUGAAUGUGCGAUCAGCCUUGGUCAGCAUAGC